AGCCAACUCACACACUCCCAAGCCAGAAGCCAUCCUCUCUCACACUUACUUUCAUCACUCUCUUAGCUUAGUACUUAGCCCUGGAUCACCUAUCCUAAGCUUUCAGCUUUGAAGCAUGGCUGCUACUAUUUCCAUGCCCCAUUUUGCCCCUCUCACCUUCCUCUUUUUUCUCCUCUUGUCCACUUUCCAAACCCCACUCGCCAUUGAUAUCACCACUCUUCUCUCCUCUUACCCUAAUCUCACCGACUUUACCAACCUUCUCGCCACCACCAAUGUCGCCGUCGAUCUCUCCUCCCGCACCUCCCUCACCCUCCUCGCCGUCCCCAACGCCUUCCUCCACUCCUCCGAUCUCACCUCCCCCCACCACCCCCCUUCCCCCACCAAUAUCGGCGAUGUUCUCAGAUACCACGUCCUUCUUGAGUACCUGUCAUGGCCGGAGCUCCGCCGCAUCCCGCCGGCCGGGAAACUAGUCACUACUCUCUUUCAGACUACAGGCCGGGCGUCAAGUAACUUUGGGUCGGUGAAUAUUACCCGGGAUCCCGUCUCCGGCGCCGUUACCGUCCACUCUCCGGUUUCCAACGCCACCGUUGUUUCGCUCCUCAGGAAUGUUCCGUACAAUAUUUCCAUCUUUUCCGUGAAUUCUCUCCUCGUCCCUUACGGCAUCGAUCUCAUGGCGUCGGAGACGCGGCCGCCGCUGGGGCUCAACAUCACCAAGACCCUCAUCGACGACCACGGCUUCAACGUCGCCGCCGCAAUGCUCGCCGCGUCCGGCGUCGAGGAGGAAUUCGAGAAAGACGAGGGCGGAGCCGGCAUCACGCUCUUCGUCCCCACCGACGAGGCGUUCGCGGAUCUACCGCCCUCCCUGAGAUUCCAAUCCCUUCCGGCCGACAAGAAAGCCGUCGUUCUCAGAUUCCACGUUCUCCACUCGUAUUACCCGCUCGGGUCGCUCGAAUCCAUCGUCAACCCGCUCCAGCCGACUUUAGCGACGGAGCAAAACGGCGCCGGGAGCUUCACCCUAAACAUUUCAAGAAUCAACGGAUCGGUGUCGAUCGAGACCGGAAUCGUACAAGCGUUGGUAACUCAGACGGCGUUUGACCAAAACCCCGUCGCCAUUUUCGGAAUCUCCCACGUAUUACUGCCCAAAGAAUUCUUCGGAAAGAAGCCAAUUGAAGGAGACAAGCCUGGCAAUGGCGGUAUACCAAGCGGCGGCGUUGCUCAGCCGCCUGACAUUUCUCUCUCGCCGGAAAAUUCCCCAGGACUGUACGGCCCAUCCAGCCAUUUAUCAUCCCCGCCGGGCAUCCGCCAAGACCUUUCCUCACUGGGGACCAAGAACAUAGUAGCAAGAAUAUUCUUGACUGUAUGGUGUAUAGGAUUCCACUUUCUGGUAUGCCAUUUGCAAUUAUUUUCGCCGUUAAAGUUAUAGUUUUUGUUCCCUUUUCUGAGAUUAUACACUUGAAUUGGGGCUACGAAGAAGAAAAAUUAGCCAUUUUCUACUGGGAUCUGAGAAAGAUGUCCGAUUUGUGUUCGUGCCAAGACACUAUAGCGCAGGCAGUACCAAAUUUUGGCCUUUUGGGGGUUAAAUUUCAUCAUAUUCUUGAAUGCCCAUUAUUGCUGCUGUUGUAAUCUGUAAAGUUUCGAUUUUUUUUCAUGGCCAUAUUUAUGAUUUUAACAGCUCCAUCGAUAAUUUAGUAAUUACAGAAAUUUGGAUUAUUAGAUCAGUGAUGCAGAAAAAGUGCAGAUUGCAGCAGAGUUGUUGAUAUGAUGUAAUGCUUCAAACUCUUUUGCCUAUGCAGUUCAGAAAAAUCUGCAGAUUUUUUGGCUUUUGGUCAGAAAGUAUGAUGACACAUUUUAUCUAAAA